CACCACAGAGAUACUAUAAACUAGGGGGGGGUCCCCUCCUAAAUUGCUGGCUUACUACCAUGCCACUGGGUGGGUCAGCUUUUUAACGAUGUGUUAAGAAGUUUGUAAUUUGGUUUAGCAGGUAUGAUAUCAAGUCCAAACAUGCAAUAUUUCGGAUUUUAAUAACAAAAAUAAAGAAUAGUUCUAGAGAAAGAGGUUCGGCUGCGAGAGUGGAGCAAUGCCUAAAUCAAAGGAACUUGUUUCUUCAAGCUCUUCUGGCAGUGAUUCUGACAGCGAGGUUGACAAAAAGUUAAAGAGGAAAAAGCAAGUUACUCCAGAAAAACCUGUAAAGAAGCAAAAGACUGGUGAAACUUUAAGAGCCCUGUCGUCCUCUAAGCAGAGCAGCAGCAGAGAUGAUAACAUGUUCCAGAUUGGGAAAAUGAGGUACGUCAGUGUUCGGGACUUUAAAGGGAAAGUCCUAAUUGAUAUUAGGGAAUAUUGGGUGGAUCCAGAAGGUGAAAUGAAACCUGGAAGAAAAGGUAUUUCUUUAAAUCCUGAGCAAUGGAGCCAGCUGAAGGAACAGAUUGCAGACAUUGAUGACGCAGUAAGAAAGCUGUAAAAUCAGAGCCACAUGAAACCUGUACUGUUCUAGUUGUUUUAAUUCUGUCUUUUUACAUUGGCUUUUGUUUUCUAAACGUUAAGCUAUUGUAUAUUUGGAUUGCAGAACAAUUUGUAAGAUGAAUACUUUUUUUUAAUGUGCAUUAUUAAAAGUGUUCUGAGUGAAGCUAAUUGUCAACUUUAUUAAGGAGGAUUGCUUUGUGCCUGCCACCUAGUGUAAAAUAAAAUCAAGUAAUACAAUC